CUUCUAUUAGAUGUCCUAAUCCGAGUCCAGUAAGAAAAUCACCCUAUAAAUAGUGUGUUUUUGCUUCAUGAAUUUCCACAUUCUAAUUUAGCGUUUCUGUCUCUAAUCUAUUCCUCUGCGUUCUGUUUUUACUCUUUUGGAGUCAUUGAGAAUGUCUUCCUCUUCGUCAACAAAGAAGAUCACGCUCAAAACCUCCGAUGAGGAGAUAUUCGAACUGGAGGAGCAAUUCGCUUUGGCAUCCGAAACAAUCAAGCAUAUGAUAGAGGACGGGUGCGCCGAAACUACUAUUCCGUUGCCCAAUGUGAACAGCCGUACAAUGGCAAAGGUGAUUGAGUACAUCAAGAAGCAUCAUGAGUUGGCCGCUGAAGGCAAGGAUAAGAAUUAUGCCGGCGAGGAAUCUGAAGAACUCAAGAACUGGGAUGCUAAUUUUGCCAAGGAAAUUCGGGCUGAUCAGGAGAUUCUUUUUAAUGUAAUUUUGGCUUCAAAUUUUUUGGACAUUAAAGACCUUUUGGAUUUGCUUUGCAAAGAAGUGGCUAGUAUGAUGAGUGGAAAGACUGUUGAUCAGAUUCGACAGAUUUUUCACAUCAAGAAUGACUACACUCCAGAGGAAGAGGAAGAGGUUCGUAGAGAGAACCAAUGGGCUUUUGAGUAGCUUAGUUACUUGAGUAUCACCAUGCAUCUGUCUAUAUAUUACAAAUACACAGUAUGUUACAUCUGAUAGGGAUGGUUUUAGGUUCAGUAUGCUAAUUCUGGGGUUUAUAUUGUUAAUGGUUUGUGAUGGGUGAGAUUUUGGUUACAUUAGUAUUUGGUUUUAGACUUUAGUAAAGGAUUUAGUGUAAUCUUUAACUUGCCCAUUAUUCAUAUAUUCAUAUAUUCCAGUUUCAACUUUCAA